AGCACUACUUUUCGCAACGCAUUCGCCUUGAUAAUAUCUACUUGCUUAUAUUAAUUAAGAAAACGUUAAAUGAGCUUUUGUUAAAAACUUGCCAAGGCACCCCCGCUCUAACUGUCGUGUGCCCUAUCUAAUUUCGCGUACUUUACUUUAUACACAUCGUUUUUUUUUUUUUGUCUUUUUGUUGUUGUGUGCUGUGACCGUUGCUUGGCGCUUGCUAAUUGGCAAAGCAAAUCAGAGGAAGAAGCAGCAGGCUAAAGACGUAGAAGAAGGAAUCUAUCGCGACCGCAACACAAACAGCAAUUCGAAAAAGAUGAGCUCCACUGAGGAAAAUAGCAAUAACAGCCCGGCAACCACGCCGCAGGAGGAGACCAGCAGCGAACAACAGGCUAAUCCCAGGGAUUUGGAGAAAAUCGAAGAGGAGAAAUUAAAAUCGAAAUAUCCCUCUGGCAUGCGAGUGCCUGGCGGGCACUCGGCUUUCCUGCAGAAGCGUUUGCAAAAAGGGCAAAAAUUCUUCGAUUCGGGCGACUAUCAGAUGGCUAAGCAAAAGGGUGGCGGUGUUAAGCAGGUCUUUGCCAAUAAGGUGACCACCGGUGAUGCCAUCCCCACGCCCGAAACUGUACCAGCGCGUAAAACAUCGAUUAUACAGCCAUGUAACAAAUUUCCGGCGACAAGCUAAACCUUCUUUCCCUCUCAACCCAUCUACCUAGACUCUCCCCUUACCAAGAAGAUUCUCCUCAAUCCCCCACACCCAAGCGUCCCACUUUCAGCUGUAAACAAGAAGAGAAAAACAGAUGUAACACCCUAAAAUGCUCUGAAAUUAAUAAUUAAAACAAGAAGAAAAAAAGAGUGGAAAUUCUAAUGCUAAGUUAACUGGCAAAAAAACUUAUUUUCAAAAGGAAUUAGUGGAAAAAAAUUGUCCAAUGAGAAUUAAAUCAAUUAUUUUUAGAAGAGCAACUAUUUUCUUUUCACUCAUUACCCCCGCAUGAAAAAAAAAACAAACAAAAAAUCGCCACACUUAUAAUAUUUAAGCAUAAACGUAUUGUGUCUCCCUCGCUCCCUAAACCUUACCAGCAAGUGUAUCUAAUUAUCUUUCUAUCUAUAUAAUAUUAUCUAUGUAAAACAGUUGCCUGCUUUUGCCGCCAAUCUCAAUGAAAUCCCCCAAAUUAAGCCAUUUUUUUUGUUCUCUCAUGGCCAGGUUAAAAAGCAGCACGAAAUUGAUUAAGCAAACAUAAAAAAGAAAAGUUAUAUAUAAUAUACGGUAAAAUUAAAAAAAAAAAAAAAAACAAAGUAAACAAGAAAACAAAUAUCUAUCUCUUCUGUGUAACAUUUAACCUUAACCCUCUCCCGAUCUGAUCCCUAUAUAUAUAUAUAUGUAUACAGUAAAGGCCACGAAUCUAAGACGUUUGGUGUUAUCGAACUAAAAUUCUAAUUUUAUCCAAUUCAGUCUCAGAAGUGUUACGUCAGAAGGUGUCAUUCUACUCCUCUAAUUGAUUCUAAAGUGAAUCAAAUUCCCAUUUUAUAAAACUACUUGGGAAAAUUGAAGAACGUGACACUAAACGUCUUUAAUUCGUGGCCAUUACUGUAUAUAACUAUAAAUAUAUAUAUAUAUAUAAUAUAUUUAGUAGCUAGUAAGUAUUGCGAGAGCGUAAUUUAAUACUUAAGUUGGAGCCAUCAGCUCUAAUAAAAUUGUUCGUAUGAUAAUUCUAAUACAAUCGGAAAACAGAUAUGAGGACAGGCCAGAGACCAGUGUCAAUUCGAAAUGUUCAAGAAUUAUGUAACUCAACCGGAGCCCGAAUGUGGUCGAUCGAUGGAUCGGAUCCUAUUGUAAAUUAAGCAAAUCUAGCAUUUCGCAUUGUAUUAAAAUUAAAAAAAAGCAACAAACACAAAAUAAACUCGUGUUAUAUACUUGCCUCAAGUGGUUGAGCGGGAAA